CCUACUGUGAUGCCAGACAGAGUGGAGCUCAGUGUUAUGGAGCUUUGGGAGGAACUGUGGUCCUCCAGCUGAUGGACAGUGCCUCAGAAAUAUUUAAAUACCAAUUGUUCAAAAACCACAGAGCAAUAGUCCGCGGGGGUAAGAACAGGUCAGUGUUUAAUCUGAUAGCAGACAGAUCUUCAUUUACUCCCAGUGAUGGAACAUUUAGGAUCAAUGACCUGAGCAGGACUGAUGGUGGUGAAUACACUCUUAUAAUCUUUGAUUUAAAUGGAACCAAAUCAGAGCUGCAGACUCUACAGUUGAUCAUUCAAGCUCCUGUGUCCUCUGUCCUGCUGGUCUCUGAGUGUCUGUCCCAGGGAGAGAUGAGGGUGUCCUGUUCCUCUGAGGGAGGAGACAGUCCUCAGUACAGCUGGACUCUGGAUGGACACACACUGACAGACACUCAGCUCCUCUCUGGAAAUAAUGAGACUAACAACAUCACUCUGAAACCAGACGUCUCAGGACAACUGGUCUGCUCAGUCAGGAAUCACAUCAGUGGGAUAUCUACCUGUGGCUACAUGUUCAUUGUCUGCACCUUAUCCAACGGGAUGCACAUAUCACAGAGUGUGAGUGUAUCCAGUAACAGCCAGUGCAUUGAGCCAACAUCAGCCUCUACCACAAUCACAGACACUUCCGUGGAUCACUCCCUUCUCAUAUUUGGGUUGCGAGCAGCUGUGAUGAUUCUUUUCUUUAUUGGGAGCGCCGUCUAUUUUGUCUGGAAGAAGAAGAAAUACAAGGAAGCUAAAGGCUCUGCCGUCCCUCGAAAGAGGGAACAUCAAGAGAACUCUGUUUUAAUGGUUGAAAUGAGAAGUUCUGCAUCUGAACUUUAACUUUCUGGAACCAGCACCUUAUUUCCUCCUCUCAACUGCUGUGAUUGGUCAUGUGUCUUUAUGGAUGUGAAAAUAAGGUUUCGAGUAGAAACUCUCUUCUGUUUUAAUUAUUUUCAAUUUUACUUCUUAGUAGCUCACUAUGAAUAAGUUCAUAUAGAAAGGUCUGUGAGUGUUUGUGUUUUUACUUGGUCACUUCACUGGUUGUUGACUUGGUGAAAGUUUACAUAUUUACUUAAUGUGGAAAGACUGUCUUGUUGUAAAGUUUCAGUGCACUGCUGCAUUUGGAGAGUGAUAAAUCAUCCGGAGGCUCACAGCAGUUUAUCCUGAAGUCAAGAGUCAUAUUGUGAAUAAAGCUUAUAUUGUUAUAUUAAUAGUGCAACUCAUUUCGAUGCCAUUUUGGAAUUAUUGUACUGUAGAUUUCCACAUUAUCAUCCAUUGAAACUAAUAAAAUCAUGUGUGCCUUCUGUCAGUUUAGGUAAACACCUUUUUGUUGAUAUUUUGAUUAUGAACUUUACCUUGACUGUUAAACUUCCACACUCAUCAUCAGUAUUAGUAGGUGUGAGGUUUCCCUCUACUGGCUCUAGAGAGGAGUUACUGUUGUUUAUGGAUAAUCCUGUAUUCAAUGAAACUGUCUGUUGAGAAAACAUUUAAUUUAAAAGCAUCUAGAGGCUUUACUUGUGGUUAUCCUAAUUAGAUAUUGAGUGUAAAAUGUUUUGUUUCAUUGCAAGUACAGUACAGUAACUUUCAAGUUCUCAAAACCACUUGAAAAAACUCAAAUUCAUGUUCAGUACAUUGAUUAAUUUUGCUUCACAGUGUUUAGUGGAUCAGAAUCCUUAAUUUUAAGACAAUGUAUUUUCUAGUAUUUGACUGUUUAACCUAAUUUCUAUCUUUAAAGUUGAACUUAAAACACAAAAAUCCACAAACGAAUUUUGUGUAUAUAUACUUCACUAUCUGAAGAAGAAUUUAAACUACAGUAUUGUGUGUAAAUAAAUGUCAUGUGUUCAACAUGCUCUUAUUAUAAUGAUCUGCUAGUGGGUUAGAGACAGAUUGAGAUUUGAGCAUCUCAGGCUGUGAAUUUUGAUUCCUUAUCAUUUAUUUAUGAAUGAGACAUAAAUGUUUCAUAUGCUUAUUUUUUCAGAACUGAUGAAAUUAAGACUUUUUUUUUAAAGAAUGAAUUACUUUUAUUUUAAUGUUGGAACAUGGUCAUCUUAUAAAUAUCAGCUGUCAGUUUCAAAUCCUCUUUCAGUAUGAAGCAGGAACGUUUUUGUCUCUUCCAGUCAGUCCAUUGUGUCUCUCUCCUUCUGGGUUAAAAGGGAAGUAAAACUAACAUUGAUUCCUUUUUCUCCUCUCCUCUGUGCUUCGUCAAAGUUUUCCCACAUUCUCAUCUGAAGUUGAUCAUUUUUCAGGACACAUUUACUCAGUGUAGGGUGUGUAUGUUUGCUUUUAUGUAGAAAGGUUUGUCUGACACUGAGGAGACAUGGAAGCUGUGAUUGGACUGUUGCUGAUGAUACUUGGAGUCUCUCAUGGUGUGGAAACCUACUGUGAUGGCAGACAGGAUGGAGCUCAGUGUUAUGGAGCUUUGGGAGGAACUGUGGUCCUCCAGCUGAUGGACAGUGCCUCAGAAAUAUUUAAAUACCAAUGGUUAAAGAAAACAACAUCAAUACUCAGAGGGGGUAAGAACAGGGCAGUGAUUAAUCUGAUAGCAGACAGAUCUUCAUUUACUCCCAGUGAUGGAACAUUUAGGAUCAAUGACCUGAGCAGGACUGAUGGUGGUGAAUACACUCUUAUGAUCUUUGAUUCAAAUGGAUCCAAAUCAGAGCAGCGAACUCUACU